AUGGCGGGGUUCGAUGUGCAGUCUACGAGUGACCAGUACCUGAAGACGUUCCAGCGGCACGAGGCUGCGUCGCGCCGGGGACCUACUUCUCCAGAUGAGUCGUCGGAGCUUUCCCACCUGGCGAAGCUAAAGGGUGACAUCGAUGUCGCGUUCUCGCGCAUACAACAGAGCCUCCAAAACAAGUCUCUCACGCAGGGAGACUGGCAGAAGGUCAUCGACUUGCGCCAGGGAGCGCGUCUCAAGCUCGACUCUGCAAAUGCGCGAAUCGACGAUCUUAUCAAGAUGUCUGCGUCUUCGACCGAUCGCGUGCUCGCCUGCCAAGUUCAGCGCUACCGCCGAAUUUUCGACCAGCUGACUGACGAAUUCCGUCUGCUGGGCAAGCAGGUUGACCAGCGGUACCAAAGCUUCGCGUUGUUUGGAGACAACCGGCACCCAUCGCAGCCGCUAGACAUGGCGGUAAACUCCGGCCAGGUUGUCGUCGAGGCUAUAAUGGACGUGGAGUCGUUGACGGAGCAAGCUAGCCUGAACCUGGGAGUUCUGCGCAGCGGCAACGAUCGGAUGGCUCGCAUCUACGCGCGGGUCAAUACCAUGGUGCACGAACACCUGUUCGACAUCCACAAGUUGCAGAGGAACAUCAACUACGUCCUGCUGCGCAAUCGUACAGUCACGUCGCUUGUGAUGGGCUUCUGCCUGUUUUUGAUUAUAUACAAACUGAUUCUAUCAAAAAUUGUAUAG